AUGGCGCUUUUCUCCUCCCUUAUGGCCUCCUCUUCUGCCUUUCUCCUUCACGCGGCUGUCGCCUGGUGGGAGGAUGACGUGGCAGCGUUCCUGGCAGGGAUGGGUCGCACGCUGGCAGCAACAGCCCUAGUAGCAGCAGCCAUGGUGCUAUCUCUCAUCAACUCCCUAGGCCUUGAAAUGGACAUGCUCUUUUCCUCCCUCAGGGCUUUCCUCCAGCUCUGUGCCAUCGGCUUUGUACUCAAUUUUGUCUUCUCCGUUACCGGGAUAGUCUCGGUGCCUCUCAUCUUCCUCACCUUCUGCUUCAUGGUUACCAUCGCGGGGGUUACUGCAGCCUCCCGUGCCUCUCUCCCAGCUCUUCGCCUCGUCACCUGUGCGUCCAUCUUCAUCUCUUGCUCUGUCUCCCUCGUCGCGCUGCUCCUCCUUGGCAUCUUCCCUGCCACGCCGCGCUUCCUCAUUCCAGUUGCGGGGAUGCUUGUAGGCAAUGCAAUGACAGCCACUGGCGUGGCACUCCGCAGAUUGCGAGAAGAUCUCAAGUCAAGCGCAGCACAGGUGGAGGCGGCAUUGGCGUUGGGGGCCAAUCCCAUGCAAGCAGCAGCAACACUCAGGAGGCGAGCGCUGGUAGUCGCCCUGGCUCCUCUCCUUGACUCUACCAAGACUGUGGGUUUGAUUUCCCUGCCGGGAGCUAUGACUGGGCUGAUUAUGGGUGGUGCGUCCCCGUUUGAAGCCACGCACUUGCAGAUUAUAGUCAUGUAUAUGCUGAUGGCAGCAGCCACUGGGAGCAGUGUGCUGGCGGUUUCCUUUGCGUGGGCUCUUUUAACAACGCUUAGCUCGACGUCACUCCUGGAAGCAGUUGCGACAGAUGCAGCAGGAGGGGGAGGGGGAGGGGGAGUAGCAGGUUCCGCGGAUUCUGUGUCGUCGUUUGGCGCAGCGCCUCUCGCUUCCGCGCUCUCGCCCAUGGGCGGAAACCCGGGCGUCACUCCCCUCCCCCGGCGAAGCACCGCGCGGGCGGGGGACGAGAGGGACGACGCGGAGAAGGGGAGAGAUUGGGGGAAGGGGGAGUCCGAUGGGGAAGGCGGAGGAGAGUCCCGACUCCCCGGAUCCGCGGGCGCAGCGCAGGGCUGGUUCGCGCGGAUGUCCUCGGGGGGAAGCGGAAGCGGAGUCGGCGGAGCGGUCAGCGGGCAGAAGCGCAACCCCGCGCUAUCGGUUGCUGCGAUGGGUAUUCGGCCGGGGACCCUUCUGCUGUGCUUUAUCGCGGGGCUGACUGCGGGGUUGCUGUGGCUAGACGGCGCGCAUAAGGGCGUGUGGCCUCUGCUUUCCGACCUGCACCCAUUCCGCCAGGAGAAGGUCGUGCGCCCCGCGCUUUCCCCCGCGGGCUUCCGCCAAGAGCGGCUGGCGGAGGCGGUUGCGCGGAGGGAGGCGGAGGUGGAAGCGGCCGGGGAUCGCGUGCGAGGGACAAUGCUGUUGGCUGGUGGGAGUGGCGACAGCAGCAGCAGCAGCAGCAGCAGCAGCAGCAGCAGCAGCAGCAGCAGCAGCAGCGAUACUAUUCUAGGCACUCACAAGGACAGUGGUAGCAGCAGCACUUUGGGUCGACUGCCCUCCUCUCCGCUCUCGUCUUCGUCCUCCUUCCCCUCCGAAUCCGCCUCCUCCCUCACCACCCUCCGCGUUCCGCCGGCCCCCGACAGCGCGCAGUGCUCCGCGUACCACCGCGUGGACGCGCGCACGGGGAAAGAAACAGGCGGCGGCGUGCGCCCGCUGCUCAUCAUCGUCACCCCCACGUACGUCCGCCCAUUCCAAGCCAUGUACCUGCACCGCCUCGCGAACCUCCUCGCGCAAGUCCCGCCGCCGGUGCUCUGGCUCGUGGUGGAGAUCUUCCCGCAAUCCGCGGAGACGGCGGCGCUGCUGCGCGGGACGGGGCUGGUGUACCGGCACCUGGUGGCGCACAAGAACAUGACGGACAUCAAGGACCGCGGCGUGCACCAGCGCAACGCCGCCAUGGAGCACGUGGAGAAGCACCGCCUGGACGGCAUCAUGUACUUCGCGGAUGACGAUAACAUCUACUCGCUCGAGCUCUUUGAGGAGAUGCGCGCCAUCAAACGCUUUGGCACAUGGCCAGUGGCAAUGCUGCAGCAGGGCAAGUCUCGGGCAACUCUGGAGGGGCCAGUGUGCGAGGCCGGCAGGGUGAUUGGGUGGCACACCAACGAGAAGAGCCGGCGAGUGAGGCGCUUCCACGUGGACAUGUGCGGAUUCGCGUUCAACUCCACCAUUCUCUGGAACCCGUCGCUGUGGCGCCGCCCGACGGACCAGCCAAUCAGACAGCUGGAUUCUGUGAAGGAGGGGUUUCAGGAGACCACGUUCAUAGAGCAACUAGUGGCAGACGAAUCACAGAUGGAGGCGCUAGCAGACGACUGCUCUCGGGUGCUUGUGUGGCAUGUGCAUCUGGAAGCGCCCCGCAUCUCCCCCUUCCCCCACUGGAGCGCCCCCCUCGUUCUCCCACCCAUACUCUCUGCCCGGGUUCCACCUGCUGUUACUGCUGGGGGGGGUGCUGCUGCUGGUGGUGGUUCUGGAGAUGGUGGCACAGUUGAGUAA